CUAGGGCAUCACUGGAUCUCACCUUUGUGCAGCCAGAAACAGAUGAAGGCACUAUUGUCCUCUUCAAAGAUGCAGCCCACUAUUUGCUUGUUGGUGAUAGAUGGGACUAAAUUAGGGUCUUCUUUGGUGCCUGAAGUUGCCUGUGGGGCUAGCAUAUUUAUGGGUCUAGCCCCUUCCAUGCAGUCAUCAUGACCUCCCUCUCCAGCCCAGCUGCCUGCUCGUCUCAGUAGGAACACCACCUGCAGAUGCCAUGAAGUGCACCAUGGUGACUCCACUGGGACCGUGGGCCCUGAGGUCCUGCAUGGCCAGCACUCCAAUUCCACGAAGUAACCUAGAAGCCAUCACAUCCACCACAAACAGCCUCUGUUGUAUUUUUAUACACUUGCAAUGAACAAUCUGAAAAUAAAAUUAAAAAAACAACUCCAUUCACAAUAGCAUCAAAAAAAAUAAAAUACUUAGAAAUAACUUAACAAAAGAAGUGUAAGACUUGUAAACUGAAAACUAAGAAACAUUGUUAAAAGAAAUUUUAAAAGACCUACAUAUAUGGAAAAACAUCCUAUGUUCAAGCAUUAGGAGACUUAAUUUAAUUUUAUUUUAUUUUAUUAAGAUGAAUAUACUCCUCAAAUUGAUCUAUAAAUUUAAUAAAAUCUCAAUCAAUCCCAGCUGCCUUAUUUGCAGAAAUUGACAAGCUCAUCUUAAAAUUCAUAUGGAAUUAAAAGAGGCCCCAAAUAACCAAAACAAUCUUGGAAAAGAACACAGGAGGAGGACUCACACUUCCUGAUUUCAAAACUUACUACAAAGCUACAAUAAUCAAGACAAUGUGUUACUGGCAUAAGACUAGACAUACAAACCAAUGGAAUAAAACUGAGAGUCCAGAAAUAAACCCAUAGUCUAUGGUCAAUUGAUUUUCAAACAAGAGUGCCAAAAUCAUUCAAUGGGGAAAGAAUAUCCUCUCCCAACAAAUGGUGCUUGGACAACUAGAUAUCCAUACAUAAAAGAAUUAAGCUGGAUCCCUACCUCUAGCAUAUUUAAAAAUUAACUCGAGGGGCGCCUGGGUGGCUCAGUCGGUUGGGCGACUGCCUUCGGCUCAGGUCAUGAUCCUGGAGUCCCUGGAUCGAGUCCCGCAUUGGGCUCCCUGCUCAGCGGGGAGUCUGCUUCUCCCUCUGAUCCUCCCCCUCUCAUGCUCUCUGUCUCUCAUUCUCUCUCAAAUAAAUAAAUAAAAUCUUUAAAAAAAAAAAUUAACUCGAAAUAGAGCAUAGACCUAAAUGUAUGAGUUAAAACUACAAAAAUCUUAGAAGAAAGCCUAGGAGUGAAUCUUCAUGACGUUGGAUUUGGCAAAGUACUCUUAGACAUGACACCAGAAGCAUGAGCAACAAAAGGGAAAAAAAGAUAAGUUCUAUUUCAGCAAAAUUUAAAACUCUGUGCUUCAAAAGACACCUUCAAGAAAGUGCAAAAAGGGUACACAGAGUUCAGAGUACGAAGUUUCUGCGGGCUACAUGGGUAGGAAUUGGCUGGUUGUAUUUAGAGGGACUAUCAAUGGACACCCAAAAGGACAUUCAACCCCCAAAGCGGCAGCCAAUGAUACAUAUCUGCAGAGAAUGUCACCCAGAAAAUGAAAUAAAAUCCAGGGAUCCGAUCAGAUGCAGAGAAUGUGGAUACAGAAUAAUGUACAAGAAAAGGACUAAAAGAUUGGUGGGUUUUGAUGCUCAAUGAAACAUGGAAUUCAGAGGAUUAUCUUCAUUUGUACUUGGAUUUGCUGUUAAUGUUGUAUAGCUUUUGAUCAGUGUACAUACCUUUACAAAUACAAAUAACAUUUCAUUUUAAAAUCCAUCUUGUAAAAAAAUAAAUAAAAAAAUAAAAU